AUGUCCUUGCCCAGCUUGCCAACCGAGAUUCAUCUUCAAAUCCUUUCCUACCUCGAUCCGGCCUCAGUUGUCAGCGCUGCCGGUAUUACUCCGCACUUCCGCACACUCGUCAAGGAGAAAUUACUCCGAAUGGUGUACCUAAUGUACGAAGACAUUGAGUGUGCAGAAACCGAAUUGAAGGAAGCCGGCGAGCUCAGCAUGCGACCCUGCUAUGGGUGUCUCAAUAUUGUCGAUGGGAACGACUUCUUCAAGUUUUCCGGAUCCCCUCUCUUGAAUAAGGAGGAAUCGAAGGAUUUCACAGCCGUGAGGAUUGGUCUCGAUCGGGGUCUCCACAAGGAGCGACGCUGCUUCGCAUGUGAUAAAAAGGUGGGGAGGAAGUUCGAGAAAGCCAUGAUAUCUGAGCUGUUCCAGGUGUGCAGAGGUGAAUCAGACAGAUGCUCUGUGCCUCUCUUGGAGAAGUCAAAAGCCACCUUCGUCAUCUACUGCGUUCUCGCCCUCUUCGUCUGGGCAGGGAUCGAUGUCUUUGGGUAG